ACGCCCAGCGCCUUUGAGAGAACAUUAGGACAAGAGCUGCAGGCGAGAAGGACGAGAAGGCUGUGGUUCAUCCCUCCUUCCCUCACCCCUGCGGCCUGGCUCGAUGGUAGCGCCCGAGGUUGCGGGUUUCGCGCCUGCGCAGUGCGGCGCCUAGAGGGAAAGCGAGAGGGAGACGGACGUUGAGAGAACGAGAAGGAAGGAGAGAAAAUGGCGUCCACGGAUUACAGUACCUACAGCCAAGCUGCAGCCCAGCAGGGCUACAGUGCUUACACCGCCCAGCCCACUCAAGGAUAUGCACAGACCACCCAGGCAUAUGGGCAGCAAAGUUAUGGAACCUAUGGACAGCCCACUGAUGUCAGCUAUACCCAGGCUCAGACCACUGCGACCUAUGGGCAGACUGCCUAUGCAACUUCUUAUGGACAACCUCCUGCUGGUUAUACUACUCCAACUGCCCCCCAGGCAUACAGCCAGCCUGUCCAGGGGUACGGCUCUGGUGCUUAUGAUACCACCACUGCUACGGUCACUACCACCCAGGCCUCCUAUGCAGCCCAGUCUGCAUAUGGCACUCAGCCUGCUUACCCAGCCUAUGGGCAGCAGCCGGCAGCCACUGCACCUGCAAGACCGCAGGAUGGUAACAAACCCGCUGAGACUAGUCAACCUCAAUCUAGCACAGGGGGUUACAACCAGCCCAGCCUAGGAUAUGGACAGAGUAACUACAGUUAUCCCCAGGUACCUGGGAGCUACCCCAUGCAGCCAGUCACGGCACCACCAUCUUAUCCUCCUACCAGCUAUUCCUCUACACAGCCGACUAGUUAUGAUCAGAGCAGUUACUCUCAGCAGAACACCUAUGGGCAGCCGAGCAGCUAUGGACAGCAGAGUAGCUAUGGUCAACAAAGCAGCUAUGGGCAGCAGCCGCCCACUAGUUAUCCCCCCCAAACUGGAUCCUACAGCCAGGCUCCAAGUCAAUAUAGCCAACAGAGCAGCAGCUACGGGCAGCAGAGUUCAUUCCGACAGGACCACCCCAGUAGCAUGGGUGUUUAUGGGCAGGAGUCUGGAGGAUUUUCCGGACCAGGAGAGAACCGGAGCAUGAGUGGCCCUGAUAACCGGGGCAGGGGAAGAGGGGGAUUUGAUCGUGGAGGCAUGAGCAGAGGUGGGCGGGGAGGAGGACGCGGUGGAAUGGGGUUACAAAGUGAGAGCCUUGUAUACACUUCAAUACUUAAAAAGUACCCGUACUCAGUACUCAGCCGGCAGCAUAAUGAAAAGUGGGACUAGACACGGUGUCCAUAUGGAGAGGAAAAAUAUACAUAGAAUAUUUUUAACAAAAUGUAUUCAUUGUAUAAAUGGAAUCCUUCUGUAACUUUGGUAACUGCAUACUUGUUAUUUGGUAAUGAACCAGAGGAGGUAUAAUACUCUAGAAUUGUGUAACAUUAAAGUGUAAACUUUUGUGUUUAAAGAGAGAGAACAUUUUAUGGUGUGUACUUUUAAAAAGGAAAGAAAGCUGCAUGCAACAGCUUGAAACUGUAUAUUCAGGUAUUAAAGGUGCAAUACUGGUUAGGAAAAGCUCAAGGCCUCCCACUGGGGAGCUGCCUUUAUUUAAUUUUAAAGAAAAAACAAAAGGCCCAGCAUAUUCCCUCCCCCUGUUUACAGUAUGUGAGGCAGUAAUAUUAUACUGCUGUCAUCUCUGUUCUCAACUGAUAUGUCUAUAAAGUUGCACCCCCAGUCUGUUGAGCCUUGGUAUUUGUUGUAAAUUCUCCUUUCACAGCAAUUGUUAAACCCAUUAGUGCCCUGAAAUGUAUGGCUUUAUGCUGAAGAUUGGCUGGAUGCGUCCUCUGAUGUGUGUUGUAGGCGUUUAAUGUGGUUGUCUCCUGCUUGAUUAUACUGUGACUUGUUAGGAAGCCUCCCUGGGCUCUCCCCUAGGAGAGGUUGAGGGUGCACCUUUAUGAACAUGGAAAGCAGUUGCCCCAGCUUUGCUGCUCCACUCUACGACCAAGCUCUCCCUGUUUUUCAGCCGAUGGGGUGGGUGUUGGGAUCUGUUUUCUUCCCCUAAUUUGCCAAGUAUUGCACUAUUAAUACCAGCCCCCGAAAUGAAAGGAACCAACCACACUGGUGUGUACAAUCAGACAAGCAAGGUUGUAUAUAAAGAAAAUUUGAGCAAGCUGCCCUGAAGAAAGGCAUAGUGACGAGAUGAGAGAGAUGCAUUGUUUGGAGAUGUGUUUAGCCAGUGCCCUUCUUCCCCACGAGCCCCCCCAAGGCUCAGAGCGGUACUGGCUUUUAAAGGGAAAGGCCUUCAUUUCUUCGUUUAUCCCCCCAGCAGCGCUGGAGAGCGAGGUG